AAUUUUUAAAUUGGUCAUGAUUUCAUCACUACUCUUGCAUUUAUAAGUACUCCAACCCACAUGGUCAAAACUCGAAGAAAACCAAACACUGUGGUGCAUGUAUUUUAAUCAGGUAGCGCCUGGAAGUUGAAGUUGUCAGUAAUAAAACCCCCAAGUCUUGAGCACUAGACUCCAAGAGAGAGUCAGAGAGAGAAUAGAAGGACGUUGUUGUGUGCUUCCAAGACAUUGAAGAUGGUGAAGGAGUAAAUAACCUUUCUUAGAAUACACACCAUGUGUUGGAUAGAUGUGUUUCCCUUGGCAGAAUCAAAGACUAGGAACACACACUUUUGUUUUGUGCAUGGAAGAAGAAGAAGACAAAGCCAAUGUGAACAAACACACAAGGAUUUGUCAAUAGAAACAAGGAAGUCAAAUUUCUCAAGCAUGGAUUUUAGCUUGUGUUUGAGCUCCCCAAUCAUUUCCACACUUGUACAUUUCCUUCUUGUUGCUUCUUUGCUUUGUCCUGUUUGUUCCUCACAAAUGGGAACCACCCUAGUUGCCAACAACACUCUUAAGCCGCAAGAAGAGGUUCACAAGAUGGACAUCAUAAGAACUCGUCUUCAACAGAUCAACAAGGCCGCCGUUAAGACAAUUCAGAGUCCUGAUGGUGAUGUAAUAGACUGUGUGGUGUCUCAUCAGCAACCAGCCUUUGAUCAUCCUAUGUUGAAGGGACACAAACCACUGGAUCCUCCAGAAAGGCCAAAAGGUCAUAACAAAAUGGACAUAUUGAGCGAGAAUUUUCAGUUAUGGACCAUGUCAGGAGAGUCUUGUCCAGAAGGUACAAUUCCAAUUAGAAGAACAACAGAACAAGAUAUGUUAAGGGCUAGUUCUGUUAGCAGAUUUGGAAGAAAAGUAAGAAGACGUGUUAGAAGGGACACCAACAGCAAUGGACAUGAGCAUGCAGUUGGGUAUGUGAGUGGUGCACAGUACUAUGGAGCAAAAGCCAGCAUAAACGUGUGGGCACCUCGAGUGGCAAAUCAAGAUGAAUUCAGUUUGUCCCAAAUGUGGGUCAUAUCUGGUUCAUUUGGGGAUGAUCUCAACACUAUUGAAGCUGGUUGGCAGGUCAGCCCGGAGCUCUAUGGGGACAGAUACCCCAGAUUCUUUACUUAUUGGACGAGUGAUGCAUAUCAAGCAACUGGGUGCUACAAUUUACUGUGCUCAGGAUUUGUUCAAACUAACAAUAGAAUUGCAAUUGGAGCUGCAAUCUCUCCAACUUCUUCUUAUGCGGGUGGACAAUUUGAUAUUAGCUUGCUUAUCUGGAAGGAUCCAAAGCAUGGGAAUUGGUGGCUUGAGUUUGGAUCAGGAAUCUUAGUUGGGUAUUGGCCAUCAUUUUUGUUCACUCACCUAAGGGAUCAUGCAAGCAUGGUGCAAUUUGGUGGAGAAGUUGUGAAUUCAAGGCAAUCAGGGUCUCACACUUCAACCCAAAUGGGUAGUGGACAUUUUGCAGGAGAAGGUUUUGGAAAAGCUUCAUAUUUUAGGAAUAUGCAAGUUGUGGAUUGGGAUAACAACUUGGUACCCUUGUCGAAUCUUAGGGUUCUUGCGGAUCACCCGAAUUGCUAUGACAUACAAGGAGGGAUUAAUAAUGUUUGGGGAAAUUACUUUUACUAUGGUGGACCUGGGAGAAACAUAAGAUGUCCCUAAGGGAAUAAAUUAUAUAGAAGGUUUUAUUUUCUUUUUUCUUUUUUUGGCAUUUUUGGGUUUGGGUGACAUUGGUUUUCCGUCUCAAGAAGCUUGGGUCAUGGGUCAUUAUUCUUAUAUUGAAUUUAAAUUUGUUUGUUGAUCAAGAUUUUUUAUUUUUAUUUUGACUAACUAGUCACCCAUUGAUUAUACCAUUACCACCUGGACUCUUGUGUAAAUCUUGAAAGAGAAAUAGUAAAUAUAUUACCCUUCGUGGUAUUCCUUUC